UUCAUUGAAAAUGACUCAGUACUAUUUUUAUGAAUGUUUUCUCUCAAUUUCAAUUUACCGUUAUCUGCGAUGAAAAUUUACGAAAAUUGCAUCUUUGAACAAAUAAUUUGCGCUAAAUUUGUGUUGUUUUUCUCAGUUUUAUUAGGGAUACCAAUAUACAUACUUCCUGGUGAAUGGGUUAUGUUUAAUUGCAGUGUAAAUCACAACGAUUUAAGUUCUCAAAUUCUGAACAGCAAACGAGAAAUUUUACAUGUUGACAACAAGCAAAUAAAAAUAUUAAGCAAAAAUGUUUUCAAUGUUACAAACUUGACAAAAUCAGAUAUAUACACCUGCAACCGUUGCCAAGUGCACUACAAUAUCAUGGUUCAAUCAGAAAUUCCAUCCUAUCAAGUACCUUUAAUCACAAAAGAACCAGACAAAACAAUAUAUGAUUACAAGGAACGUGUUACAUUGAAUUGCAAGCUUAUUGGCCCUUCAUAUUUAAUAAAAUAUUUUUACAAAAGAUUAUGGAAAAGAAAUGGUAAGACAGAAAAGAAAUGCAAAAGAGACUGCAAGUUGCCAAUUAACAUAACACCUGAAAGCGUAGGAAGCUACGAGUGCUCAAUUGAAAGAAAACUCGUUCACUACAAAUCUUCUCAGAAAGUUACGAUAAAACUCAAAGAAUUUAUCAAACCAAAUAUUUAUAUUGAAAAUGACGCCGACGUGUUUUCCCUUGGUGAAGGAAAGAAUUUAACGUUUACCUACAACGUAACGUCUUAUCCUGCUGCAGAUAUCUUUUGGUGGCGUUUAAAAGAUGAUGAACUCAUAACAAGUUGUUAUUCUGCUAAUAACCUGUGCAAAAACCACACAGGACCAGAAUAUAUAACAAGAAGCAAGUUUGAAGUUAAAUCUGUCACAUUUCCUAAAUACAAUCGAUUCUACAAGAUAAAUGCCACCAAUAUCAAAGGAUAUGAGAUGAAGACCAUUUCAAUACAAGUCCUCGUGCCACCAUCCAUCAGCAGAGGAAAUAGUAAAUAUUUCACAGCACGACACAACACUGAAGGCGAGAUUAAAUGCAUGAUAGGAUGGUCUAAUCCAAGACCCAAUAUAACUUGGUAUCAACAAAUCGUUAUCAACAGUAGUGAACCUGUUUCGAAUAACUGGACCCUUUCACUGUAUAAGUCUUCGUUUGAAAAAGAAAAAAACAAAGGACAAUAUGAAAGUAUUUUGAAGAUACCGUGGUCUGAGGAUGAAGCCUCAAUGUUGUUCAGAUGUGUUGCUCAAAACAUUCAUGGAAAUGACAGUAGAAUGUUUAUGUUUAUCCGAUAUGGAGAUAACUUUGAUCCUUUUAAAGUUUUUCCUUCUGGGGAAGUAAUUUUAAAUGAAAACGAGGACUUUAUGGCAAUUUGCAGAGUAGAUGAGCACAAUACUCAUGAAGUAUGCCUAAACAUGUUUGCUCUAAAUAAAUUGGUCGUGUAUUUUAAAUGUUUAUUGAUUAUUGGUGUAUCACCGAAUCGUUAAAUUGGCUUCAUUAUCGUUGGGAAAUUGUCUGAAGACAAAAGUGUUCUAUCAUCGAGCUUGUGCAGCUAUGAUUUUCCAUACAAUUGCAGUUUUAAGGAUAAAAAAUGAUGCGUUUUGUUGUCAUCUUGUGGUUGAUGCUGGCCGUGACUCUUAAACUGGCCGUCAAAUCGGGAUGGAACAAAAAGUUUGAAUUUUGUGAAGAUAAAUGGAAUGUGUUUGUUCAA